AUGACAUUCGGAAAAGAUGUAAAUAUUCUUCGCGGAGUCAAAACUCACAGAAAACUUGUGCCAUUAAAGCCUUCAGCUGCUGGAUUUUUGAGCAUCUCAUAUUUGAAUCAAAUAAUCAAGAAGGACAAGUCUGAAUUGGAAGAGUUUAUUCUCAAGACAGCUGUUCCUAAUUUUAAUGUGACACAAUCUGUUUCAGUGAUCGGAGAGGUUGAUGUUUUCUUGACAGAAACAACAAUCAAGAAAAUUGAUUUGGGAGAACAAAUCCAAGCAACGUUAGACCCAAAUCUUGACGCUUUUUAUAUUACUGUCUCACAAGCUAGCAUCACAUUGACCACAAAAUAUCUUUACAGACAGAAAUCAUUUCCACAUUUGAGUGGGUCUGGCAUCGCUAAUGUAAAUACGGAGAGCGUUUAUGGAGGAAUGAGAGUUGUUUUUAAAUUAACAAACGAUGAAAAGCCCCAAUUCAUAUCAACUGUUGGAUUAGAGUUAUAUAACAUGAAAAUUCAUAUUACAGAUGGCGGUAUUCAGGGAUGGUUCAUCAACUUACUGGAAUCAAUAUUUGCAAACACAUUCAACAAGAUGAUUGCUAAAGCUAUUACUUCAACAAUUGAAGAAAAGAUUCAAUCUGUUAAUAACUAUAUUGCUCAACAACCAUUCAUCGUUCCUGUGACAUUUGGUGACAAGCAAUUAAUGAUUGACUUUGGUUUUGACACUUUCGAAACUGUUGAUUACUUGACGAUUGGGGCAUCCUCACAAGUGAGGUUCUUUUCUCAAAACCUGGGAGAGAAAUUACCAUUCGAUCCUGUCGAUUUACCAACGUCAGUUCAAAUGUCAGACUUGCUUCAAAUUUAUUUGACUGAUUUUAUUCCCAAGAGUUUUUUAUAUAGCCUGUAUCAAUCGAAUCAAAUGACAUACCUUGUUACACCAGAUAUGGUACCUCCAACUGAAAUGAUUCAACUCAACACUACUAGUUUAAAGAUUUAUCUUCCUCAGCUUUACGAAAAGUAUCCAAACAAAUUGGUUCAAAUCCUUCUUUCUAGCAAUCCAGCCACUUCCCCAUGCCCUCAAUUUAAUAUUUCUCAAACUGGUAUGAGUGCAGACUUUAAGGGAGAACUGCUGUUCCAAGUCAUCAACACACCAAACAACACUGUAAAUGCUUUCUCUUUGAAUGUUGAUGCCAGCUUCUCUUUCGAUAACAUUGCUGUGAAAAACAAUGCUACUACCGUAAACUUGACUGCUGUGAUUGACAAUCCAAAUGUUAAUCUAACUUUGAGACAAAGCUGGAUUGGUGACAUGGACAUUAAGAACUUUGCCUUCAUUGUCAAUAUUGUUGUUACGAGAGGUGUAGUUCGUCAAUUGAAUCAACAGCUUGCAGAAGGUGUUCCUUUAUUCAAUUUGGACAAUUAUCUUCCUGGACUAAUUAUUGAUGAUGCUUCCUUGCGUCUUUUCAAUGGAUAUAUGGGUGUUUCUGUGACAGGUGAAUACAAGCCCAUAACAAACUCAAGAAAGUCUAACAAAGGAAACCUCAAAUUGAAUUAA